AGUUCGGUUUUGUGAUCAAGAGAAAAUGGACACCUCUAUCUUCGACAGGAAAUUUAUUUGUCUCAUAUCAUGCAUAAUUUUAAUUACAAAUUUGUGUACUGGAUUGAAACUUGAUGAAGGUCAGAUACUUUCACCGAACUACCCAAACCCUUACCCAAGUGCAAAAUAUUGGAUCCACAAAUUAUCAGCCAAGACGGGAAACAUCAUCCAUUUAAUGGUUAAUGACAUGGACAUCCCUGAUGGCGACACCUUGCGUAUUAAGGAUGGAAGCUCCUGUGACAACUUAAUAUUUGACUUCAGUAACGAAAUAGCUAAAUUUGAGGCAAAGAUGGACCCUUCCGAGUUACCCUUUAUGGCGUUCAGCAUGGAGGAAAGCGUCUGUCUGUAUCUGUCGAGGAUCGCUGGAGGCGGGAAGUUCAAUAUCACAUACAAUGCCUUCCCAAAAUGCACUGGCGAUGUGCCUUACCUCAAAGGAAGCAUAGUCAGCCCAAACUACCCACGCCGGCAGUAUACAAGGUGGGAAAACUGUAGAUGGAGCCUCAGCGCCUCAAAGGGGCAAAUCGUCAGAUUCGAUGUCAUCGACCUCGGGGUUGAAACCACGAGAGAUUGCAAUGGAGAUUACCUUCAAAUCACAGGUUUAGAUCCAAAGGUUUAUCAGUCAGGGAAGGUUAGACUCUGCGGACAAAUUGAGAAUCAACCAGAGAAGGUGUUUGAAACGGUUGGGAGCGAGGUGGAUGUUAGGUUUGUUUCCGACUGGUUAGGAACGGAUAAAGGCUUCUGGUUACAGUUUGAAGUUCUAGGUUGCAAGCAUUGGGAACUGGUAAUAAAGGAAGGCACCCCGCCGCCUCGCCUGCUGAACCCAGCCUCAUACUACAACGACGGGUACAUAGCAAAGUUCAUGUGUCCAAGGGGCUACGUAUUUAAGAAUGGUGUCAAAGAACUGCCUUUUGUCUGUCAAAAAAAUAGGACAUGGACUGGAUAUAGAGAUCAGUGUGAAAAAAUCGUGUGUGGCUCCCCAGCCCGUCCAGCAUCUGGUUUUGUAACUCUCUCCAACGGCGACAAGUUUGAAAGUGUGGCUACGUACACUUGCAAGAACGGCUCGACGAUGAUCGGGGAGAACACGAGAAUCUGUGGAGAGAAUGGCAGUUGGAUUGGGACGUUACCAUUCUGCAAAGGUGCUGAGACCGAAGAAUGUGGGGAUCCCGGUGAUCCACCUCACGGUUUCAAACUCAACGAAGAUUCGUCCGUUAAUGAGACAAACCUGAGAAGCUACCCAUUCGGAACUGUGAUCAGUUAUGCCUGUCAUGUUGGGUACAUUCUUGCAGUUGGUGGAAAUAGGACCUGCCUGUUGAGCGGGACAUGGAGUGGAGAGGAAACCAAAUGCAAUAUUGUGAGAUGUCCUUCCGACCUUGCCACACCAGCCAACGGCACGAUAGAGAUACCAGGCAAUACCGAGUACGGUGCGAUUGUGACGUAUUCAUGCGACAGUGGGUUUGAGCUGAUAAACGGCAACAAAGCAAGGCAGUGUCAACCCAAUGCAAGGUGGAGCGGACAAGCACCACUCUGUAAAAAGUUAUCGUGCAAUCUUCCUGAGAAACCUUGGCAUGGAAAUCUUCAAAUCUACCAUGACCCUACCAAGGGAAACUUCGGUAUCUUCACCUGUGAUGUUGGUUAUGCACUAAUGGGUCAGAAUACAACCACCUGUACAGUCAAAGGCACUUGGACAAAUCCAACACCCAUAUGCGAAGCCAUAUCGUGUCCUGAUUUGAGGAACAGAACAUUUACCAAUGUUGCCGUCUCUGACCUUCACGGCGAAAAGUUUGGGAGCACAGCUCGCUUUCUCUGCAAUAAAGGUUUCUACUUCGACGCGAAUUUGACCAAGUCGUCACAAGUGGUGAUUUGCCUUGGGAACCGCACGUGGAGUGUUGAUAUUACUGGUUGUCCUUUCGCAGCAACGUCGCGUGAUCCAGCAAAACAAAGCGGGAAUGAUAUAACAAAAACUGGGAUGUAUGUAGGGAUCGCGGUUGCUGGCGUUACAUUUCUUAUUAUAAUAGCACUGAUCUCCGCCUAUGUUGUUCGCAAAAGGAAACCGGAACCUGUAGAACAUGAAAAGAACUUUGAUAAUCCGAUGUACACCGUCGAUGAUCAUGGUAUAGGACAGGUUAGAAUUGGUGAGGACUGGAACAAAAACCCGACCUAUAAGGACUCGGACAGGGCUUGCACGGACGGUAUCUAUGACAGGCCUCCGAACUCGGCUGGAUGGUCUUUGUGAUAGGCCGAGGGACAGCGGGUACGGAGUCUAUGGCAAUGUAAGCCUAAGCGACGCCAAUCCAUUCAAUCGGUUAUCAGAAGUCGAAGAGGAAGGGGAUAAAUGACAACAAGUGUAUGAAUUGUGGUAAAGGUGAUACUGUUUACUUGCCGACUAGUAUAGUUGCCUCGAUACUGCGGAGAGAAAUAUAUGACUGGAGUUGAUAGGAUGUGAUGUAGACACUUGGGUCGACAAGAGAAACACUGCACAGAGAACAUCUUGUGAUGAUGUCAGUAUCCGAAGUCGAUGUCUACUAGACGUCUAUCUAACAAGAUGUAUAAUCGAUAUCAACUGGUUUAUAUCCAGUGUCUAAUGAAGCUCAAUCGGAAAAAUUCUUUUUGUAAAAAUUGUGGUAUUCAUCGAUCACUUAAAUGAUCCAAGCCUCUGUAUUUUGGUAGAGGAGUGUAAAAAGUUGAUAAAUAAAGUUAUUUGAAGGUAGUUCAUAAGUACUUUGAUCUGUCCGACUGUUGUUUGUCAGACGAGUAAGUAUAUGGGAACACAUGUGGAGAAGGAGGAGGUGAUCCAAAACGCCCGUUGUAAGUUUUAAAUGUCCUCGGAUAAACGAUAUCAUAUGCGCUUUUAGUCUCUGAAGUAUUCGAUCACGAGUCUGUAUAGAACUGAUCUUCAUUCGUCACCAUACGAUACAGAAUGGACGGAUACUUUUUCAAGGGGGACAUUUAAGACGGUUCGACAGUUUUUGGGUGAAUCCUAUGGAACCGAAUAACCACGGUUCCCCACAUUGCUCAAGAUAGUAAAAAUUUAGUUGUGCGGCUUUUACUUGUCUUCUUGCAUUCAGUUGCUGAUCCAACUGGCUGCCAGUAACUUCGACAGAACAAACAAUGUCACAUGUAACUUUUCAUUCAUUAUAUUCUCGAUUUUUAAGAUACAACAUCGUGGUGAGAGAAGAAUUAGGAUAUAAUUUCAAUGUUUUCUAUCAUACGUACGCCAAGAAGAUCGAGCUCCUGGUAUCGAAAUUAUCGCCGAGUUAACAUGUAUUGCACGACCGCGCGCAGUUCUCGCUCAUCCAAACAGGAUUCCGGGUGCAUUCACCUCUCGUCGCCCAACUAUCACAAUCGCUUCCUUGAUGCUUGUUUGGGCAGUUACCUAAAAAAUAUAGUGAGUAUGGAGAGGUACAGGCAUUUCAAUUAAGUCAUGAGGUACAGUCUUCAGAAGUAGCCUAAACGCUAAUGUGAUUUUACAAUAUUAUUGUGUAAAUACUGUAUCUAGUCUGUUCUGAAAUAUAGGUCUAAAAUGAUAGUCCAUAUCUGUAAUGGUUAUCUUGAUACAUGUAUGUUUAUUUGAACACCUAUGAAGAAAAAAGCUAUUUGUGGAUCUCUUGAAAUUUGGCCAAAUAAUCUCCAUUGUCAAUGUGACUAAAAUGAAACAAGGUACAAAGUUUAUCAUUAUUUGAUUGAAAGCCUACUUGUUUUAUCUUCUUUCAGAUUACUUGACUCUCUUUCGUGGCAAUUUUAUCAUUGGCAAUAAUAUUUAAUGAAAUGACUGUAUUGUACUAGUGUAUAUAGCUCAAAUGAA